GGUUGCCAUAAACAAAUCUUACCUGAGUACAUACAUCGCCAAAUGAUUGCCCUCGGCGCAGUUUAUUUAGUGUUGCACCGCUAUCAUUAAGCUGUGUGCUAGUCCAACACUCCAACCCUUCUGACGGGUGACAAGAUUAUUAUCUUCCGCUGCUAAAGCAAGCAUUAUUCCACACAAUCGCAUCGCUGAUUGCUCUGCCAAUUUGGAAGAACCCCCCAACUAGGGCUAUAAAUUAAGCCCAAACUCCAAAUCACUCAGGGCUAGACCAGCAAUCGAUCGGCAGCAUAAUUAAUUAAGCCACGAGCGGGCGGGCGAGCUAAGCUAGCUGGUAUACGUUGCUUGUGCAGCCAUGGGAGCGGAAGGCGGCGGCGGCGGUGAGGACUCGUCCUACUCUCCGGCGGCGGCAGUAACGGCCGUCUCCGCCGGCGUCGCGCUGGUGGUGGCGGUGGCGAUCUGCUCGUACCUAGCCGUCACCCGCGGCGGUGGCAAGCAGAGGCGGCGGCGGCGGCCGCCGGUGGCCGGCACGGUGUUGCACCAGCUGUACCACGUCCGGCGGAUACACGACUACCACACGGCGCUGUCCCGCGAGCACAUGACCUUCCGGAUGCUCGUGCCGGCCGGCGGCGGCCAGAUAUACACGUGCGACCCCGCCGUCGUCGAGCACAUCCUCAAGACCAACUUCCCCAAGUACGGCAAGGGCCCGUUUAACUACGGGAACGCGAGGGACCUGUUCGGCGAUGGCAUCUUCGCCGUCGACGGCGACAAGUGGAAGCAGCAGAGGAAGAUCGCCAGCUACGACUUCUCCACGAGGGCCCUCCGCGACUUCAGCUGCGCCGUCUUCAGGAGGAACGCCGCCAAGCUCGCCGGCGUCGUCUCCAGCCACGCCGCGUCGAGCCAGUCCACGGACUUCCAGGUGCUGCUGAUGAGAGCGACGAUGGACUCCAUCUUCACCAUCGCCUUCGGCAAGGACCUCAACACCCUGGACGGCUCCGGCGAGGGGAGCCACUUCGCCGAUGCGUUCGACGACGCCAGCGAGUUCACCAUGCGCCGCUACAUCAACCCGUUCUGGAAGCUGUCGAAGCUGCUCAACGUCGGCAACGAGGCUACGCUCAAGGAGAGGAUCAAGGUCGUCGACGCGUUCGUGUACAAGCUCAUCCGUGCCAGGUCCGACGAGCUCUCCAUGGAACAGGACACUAUCUCAAGGCAGGACAUCCUGACAAGAUUCAUCCAGGCAAUGGCCAGCGACACUGGGACGGUUGAUUACAAGUACCUGAGAGACAUCAUACUGAACAUAGUCAUCGCCGGCAAGGACACCACAGCGGGGGCGCUUGCUUGGUUCCUGUACAUGAUGUGCAAGCACCCCGAAGCCCAGGAGAAGAUCUUCCAUGAAGCCAUGGAGGCCACCGACGCCGGGGCCACCCUUUCUGUCGACAAGUUCUUGCAGAGUCUGACCGACGAAGCACUGAACAAGAUGCAGUACCUGCACGCCGCCCUGGCGGAGACGCUCCGGCUGUACCCUUCAGUCCCAAUGGAAAACAAGCAGUGCUUCUCAGACGACGUGCUGCCCAAUGGGUUCAACGUCCGCAAGGGGGACAUCGUGUACUUCAUCCCCUACGCCAUGGGCCGGAUGGAGAGCUUGUGGGGCAAAGACGCUGAAGCCUUCAGGCCUGAACGCUGGCUCGACGAACACGGCGCCUUUCAGCCGGAAAGCCCGUUCAAGUUUCCAGCUUUCCAGGCCGGGCCAAGAAUCUGCCUCGGGAAGGAGUUCGCGUACAGGCAGAUGAAGGUCUUCGCGGCCGUGCUGCUCCGGUUCUUCGUGCUCAGACUAAGCGACGAGGAGGAGAUCGUUCGCUACAGGACCACGCUUACGCUCGCCAUCGAUCAGGGUCUCCAUCUGAAGGCGACGGCGAGAUGAGAAAUUGAGAAUGAAUGCAUAAUAUCUGCAUGCCUGCACACUACAGCCUGGGCACGAACGGCAGCUGGCCGGCAGCUACUGUACUCGUGCGAGUGACAACUCUGUUGCCAAAUCGAAUGAUAUAUAUACCUGCAAACCUUAAUCAUGUCCGAUGGCGAAUAAUCCGCAUUGCACGCUGGAACAAUUAAGCUUUGCCGGUGCAGUCUGAUUGUAGUCAGCGUCAGAGUAACGGCGCCCGGCGAAUCUGUUCAUUGUUCAGAUGGCACGUUUUGCGCGUUGGUGUUUAUGGCAGAUGCGAUGCAUUUCCUGUGGCCUCUAGAUGAUCUCGUCGCAAAAUAUAGCAAUUUUUUUCUCGAUCAAUCAUGAAAUUCCACCAGUAAAAUAUAUCUCUA